AUGGCCACAUCCAAACGUGCCUUCGACGAAAACGGCAGAGAGUGGUUGAAAGACAACUUCAUCGGUACCGGUCCGUUCCGCGUAGCCGACUUUAAGUCCGGGACUAGCGUCACACUUGAGAAAGCGGGCACCGCCCACUGGCGGAAGGAUGCGGCGAUCGACUCCUUCAAGGUAUUGGCGGUUCCAGAAGAGUUCACUCGUGUUGCGUUGCUGCUGAACGGUGAAGCAGACAUAGCGUUAAUCGACCCGAAGGACUUGGCUCGCAUGAAGGCAUCUGGCUUCACACAGGUCGGCGCGGGUCAAGGAAUCCAAGAAGGCGUGAUGUUCCCGGGCAACCUGUGGGAGACCACGAAAGCACUGACAGGUGAGGCGAUCGAUUUCCCAUCGCAUGGCGUAUUCGUACGGCCGAUCGAAUGGAUCGGUAACCCUCACCAACCUGAUGAUGGCGACAACCCAGCCGGUAUCGACGACAUGGAACAAGCUCGGUUGGUCCGGCAGGCUUUGGCCCGGUCGGUAGAUCGAGCGAGCGAUUAG